GUGUAUUACUAGUGCCUGCUGCCUUUCACUCGGGGGCGGAGGGCAUUAGGAUCCGCGACUGGAUACAAAGCCUCACUUAGGCUGCUUGACUGUGAAGCGUUUUCCGCUUAACACCGCUUACUCCGGUGUAAACUUCCUUCUGUGCCAUGGGGUAUUUGGGCACUAUUCCCAUAUUCGUGAUUUUUUGGUGUUUGGUUAAAGAAAAUGGAGCAUGCUACUGUGACCGAUACCAAUGGACCCCAUGGACAUCCUGCACCAAGACCUGCAACUAUGGGAUUCAAACACGACAAAGGGAAACUGUUAAAGAUGAAUACUUCCGUAAGAACUUUUGUGAAACAUUAUGCACAUUUUUAGAGCAAAGAGCAUGCAAUGAAGAAGCCUGUCCCAUGAACUGUCAUCUCGGAGAAUAUGGGGACUGGUCUAAAUGCUUGGCUUGUGUGAAUAAACAGAUUCGAACAAGGUCACUGCUCCAUCCUAGCCAGUUUGGAGGUCAAGCCUGCAGUGAAACACUGACUGAGUCGAGGAGGUGCUACCCAAAGGACCUGUGUGAAACAAAGACCACCGACUGCAAGAAACUGUUCUCCUGUGAUAAUGGUCGCUGUAUCUCUCCCAAUCUGAAGUGCAAUGGAGAAAAUGACUGUGGAGAUGGGUCAGAUGAGCAGAGCUGUGUGAGAGUGAAGAAGGUCUGUAAUCGGGUAUAUGAAAACCUUCCAAGUGUUCAGCUGAUGGGAAGUGGGUUUGAUGCUAUGGCUGAAGAGAUACGAGGGGAAGUACUUGAAAAUGCAUUUUAUGGAGGCAGCUGCAACACAACCAAAAGCAAAGACAACCGGAAAUCCUAUAGAAUGCCUUUUAAUGUUGAGAGUGUUGAAUUUAAAGUAGAGAAACUAGAAGAUUAUGAAACAGAACCUGAACCAGUUGAAAGUGAACCAGUGAAUUUAUCUUCUGAUCAACAUCAUCAAAAUAGUUUUUAUGAAAAUCGUCCAGGAUCAUCUAUAUGGAUCCCAAUCUUUUAUUCGAGUAAUUCAAAGGGUUAUAGGAAAGGUUCUUCAAGUUUUAAAAAUGCAGUUCGUGCCUCACAACAGAAGGAUUCCAAAUUCUUCAGAAUUCACCAAACAGUUGGAGUAUCCAAAUUCAAAUUAAAAGAGUCCAAUCUACAAGUGUCUCAAGUAUUCCUGAACAUCUUGAACAGUCUCCCCUUGACUUACAACUAUGCUUUAUACAGUGAGGUCUUCCACCGUUUUGGAACCCAUUACUUCGCUUCAGGCACUUUAGGUGGCAGAUAUGACGUCCUUUACCAAUAUGACAGAAAUGAACUCAGCAACUCUGGUUUCACAGACAGUGAAUCCAAUGAAUGUGUAAGGUCAGAAACAACAAGACGUAUCUUAAUAUUCUUCAAAAAGACUACAGUAAAGGAAAAAUGUGUUACAAACAAAAUGUCAGAAAAAUAUGAAGGAUCCUUUCUGAAGUCAUCGGAGAAGUGUAUUUCAAUGGUAAGAGGAGGCCGAACAGAGUAUGCUGCAGCUUUAGGCUGGGAAAGGAAGGAAGUUCUACCAGAUAGUACCGUUUAUAAAGACUGGUUACAGUCAGUGAUGGAUAAUCCAGACAUUGUGGAGUAUGAGCUUCUUCCCAUCCUGAAUCUGGUGAAGGGUUUUCCUUGUGCAGGUACCAAGAGGCAAAAUCUUGAAAAAGCACUCAUUGAGUACCUGGAGACCUUUGACUCCUGUAAAUGUGCCCCAUGUCCUAACAAUGGAAGGCCUGUGUUGCUUGGUACAGAGUGUUUAUGUAUUUGUCAGCCUGGAACAUACGGACAGAACUGUGAAAAGCGAGCACCUGACUUUACAUCAGCUGUGGUAGAUGGGUAUUGGAGCUGCUGGUCUCCCUGGAGUACAUGUGAUUCUAUGAUGAAGAGGACACGCACAAGGAGCUGUAACAACCCAAUUCCAGCAAAUGGUGGCAAAAGCUGUGUAGGAGUGAGUCAGGAAGAGCAAGAUUGCCACAUUGCUAUUUUCCAAGAUCGAGGAGGUGUUUGUAUUAAUGAUAAUGAAGAAAGAAAAGAUGAUGAAGAAGAAUUUUCCACACAAACAGACAAGCCUGGAUGUUCAGUACCCCAGGCACCAGACAACAGUUACUUGAGAAACAAGAAGAGACAUUACAAUUUUGGUGAAGUUGUGGAAGUUCUUUGUGUGACUGGCUAUGGACUUGAGGGAUAUGCCUAUUUCAGGUGUUUGCCAGAUGGUACAUGGGAUCGCAAACCUAUGAACUGCAUUAAGCGCAUUUGUAACAGGCCUAAAGUAGAAAAAAUUACCAAUUUAUCCCCAUUCAAAGAGGAAUAUGAAAUUGGGGAAUACAUUGAUCUUAGUUGCCCUGCUGGAUUUCGAGUGAUUGGAGCCAGCUCUUCAAGAUGCACAACUGGUCUCUACUGGGCUCCACCGAUUUCUGAAGAGCAAACAUGUGUAAAAGUGAAACCCUUUGUUCCUGAAUCCAGCUGUAACUUGGGCGAAAAACGUGUAAAUUCAGUAUGUGUCUGCAUGAUUCCUGAACAAGAUUGCAGCGACUAUAUAGAUGAAAUUUGUGUAUUGGAUACAGAGAAAAACCAGUUCAUGAUGCAAUCUCCCUGUACCUUCUAUGCUUCAAAAUGUCUUGGAAAAACACUCCAUUUUGUAAACGAGGGUCCCUGUGCUCUUGAUGUCAACCAGGAGUGGAGUCAAUUCAGGUCUAGCAUGGCUGCAAAGAGCACUAAACAAGAGGCCUGCAAGUAUGACACCUGUUACGACUGGGAGAGGUGCUCAGGUUCAAAGUGUGAAUGUCUGCUGCCAUAUAAUUGCCCAAAGGAUGGAAAAUUGCUGUUUUGUGUGGAAACUGGGACAUCUAAAACAAAAAGAACAUUGAAUUUGUGCAGUUUGGGAGCGAUAAAAUGUUCCAGAAUGCAAAUAAAUGUUCUACAUGAAGGCCAAUGUUAAAGGUGCAAAGAGACAUACAGUAUAUACAGUAUUUGGUUCCCAGUGGAAAUGAUUACAUGGCACAAAAUCAGUCAAGAUGCAGUAUUAAUAUGGAUUGUAUUUUUGGAUUAAUGAAUCUGCAUGCAACUUCAUGUCACACUUAGCUGUACUGUGACCAUACGAAUAUAUUAUGAGGUGAAUGUGAGCUCUUGCCAGAGUUGGCUUCGAAAUUAAGUGGCAAGCAGUUUCUUUUUAGGUCCUCCCUGUCAUCAAAAAGUCAAAAACACAUUUUUCUCUCUUGAGACUCCAAAAAGCAAUUCGAUUAUGGUUCCAUCUUGUCCUGAACCCCUAAUAUUUUAGUGCAGGGAAAAGGAUGGCAUGCAGCGGCACUCACAGAAUGUAUUCUGUGUAUACAACGAGUUACGUAUAUAUUGGUUUCACUUAUUAAUUUUAAAGGCUGAUGUAAUAACGCCUAUGGCUCACCAGAGUGAGAACUCAAUACCAAAAACACCAAUGCGUUUACAAAGAGAAAAGGAACUCUUAAUAGUUACAAAGGGACACAUCCUCCAGUGAGUGUUUGUGUGGGUGAAGAGAGGAUUGCGUUCACAUCACUUUGCUGUAAGUGUACAGUUGGCUUGAAGAAUUUCCCAAAUAAGUAGUUUUGUCACUCGUGUCCUUGGCACUGUACACUUGUAACCCCAAGAGGAUCUGACAUUUAGAACUUCAGUAUAAACAGCCACUUCUAAUCAAGUGGGAUUACAAAUAUAAUUAGUUAUUCAUUUCUUUUUACAGUAACUAGCUAAAAUGUUACAAGUCUAACCAGAUGAAGUGCAUAAAAUAUUGUUUAAAACAUGAUUACAAUGUAUUUUAGAGGACUUUAUUUUUAAGUACACUACUUAAUUUUUCAACCAAAAUAAAACAAUUUUUAUUAUAA